GCAGGGCGAACAACAACAAUCCCACCACGCUCACGAAAUCCACGGCCCGGUCCCCACGCAGACUCGCUAUCGCCGGACUCGAAGACAAUCAUAUCAGCCCAGCAUGGCGACCACCGUGAGCGAAGCCGGCAACAUCGCCGACCAGUACAACCUGCUGCCGAAGCUGAUGCCCAACCUCGACCGUCAUUUGCUGUACCCGUUGCUCAACUUCCCCAACGAUGAGGAGACGGAGCAGCCCGUGGAGCAGCUGAAGGUCCUGCUGCAGUUGCUCCAGGGUACGAACAUGAUCGACUUCGUCGGCGACCUGUACAAGCGGGUGAACGGCCUGGAUGAGGUUCCGGAGGAGUACAAGAAGAGGCGCGAGCAGGUGCUGAACAAGCGGGACCAGUUGGAGGCGGCGACGAAGAAAAUCUCAGAUCUCUUGGAUGACGAGAGCGUGGUGACGAAUCUGCGGAGUGACAAGGUGCAGAACUUGCAGUAUCUGAAGGAGAAUCAUGGGGUUACGCCGGAGAUGGUGGAUCAGUUGUUGGAGUUUGGUCAGUUCCAGUAUAGCUGUGGCAUCUACCCGCAUGCUGCUGAACUGCUGUACCGGUUCCGUGUUCUGUCCACCGACAAGGACAAAGUCAGCGAAGCCACCUGGGGCAAACUUGCCUGCGAAAUCCUCUCCGUAAACUGGGACGCCUGUCUCGAAGAGAUCAACAAGAUCAAAGAAGACAUCGACACGCGGCUGUACAACAACCCGCUCGCACAACUCCAGCACCGCACCUGGCUGAUCCACUGGUCCCUCUUCCCCCUCUUCAACUACGACGCCGCCCGCGAGUCCCUCACCGAAACCUUCUUCUCCCCCACGUACAUUAACACCAUCCAGACCAACUGCCCCUGGAUCCUCCGCUACCUCGCCGCCGCCGUCAUCACCAGCCGGAAUCGCGCCUCGCAGGGCCGCAACUCGAGCCAGUACCAGAAGCAGAUCAAGGAUCUGGUGCGGAUCGUCCGGCAAGAGGGCUACGAGUACAGCGACCCCGUCACCGACUUCAUCAAGGCACUCUACAUCGACUUCGACUUUGAGGAGGCGCAGAAGAAGCUCGGCGAGACGGAGGAGAUUCUCAAAAACGACUUCUUCCUGCUGGGGACCGCGGAUGCGUUUGUCGAUUCGGCGAGGCAUCUGAUUUCGGAGAGCUAUUGCAAGAUUCAUCAGAGGAUUGAUAUCAAAGACCUCUCCACCCGCCUCGGCCUGUCCGAAGACGAAGGCGAGAAGUGGAUCGUCAACCUCAUCCGCGACACGCGCGUCGACGCCAAGAUCGACUAUCAGGCCGGCACCGUCGUCAUGAACCACCCGCCGCAAUCCGUCUACCAGCAGGUGAUUGAACGGACAAAGGGCGGGUUCUUCCGGACGCAGGUCCUCAGUGCUGCCGUGGCGAAAUGAGCGAGCGGUUUCGGUUUUGGUGAUGGUUUGCGAGAUGGUUGGUUGUACUACGCACUUAUUAGAAUGAAGAGGAUUGCUGCUCCUGGGGAGGCAGUAAUCGAUAUCUUUGCCGGCAUCGUCGAUCUAGAGCUCCGUGGGCGAGACCAUGAGGAGUGAAGGUGCUUGCGCAUGGAGACCGUCGCAAGAGCGUAAUGCAUUACGUUGUUGCAGGUGUCUUUUCGGGACAGUUAAGUACGGGCCUGGGAUCUACCCUAGGACAAACAGGCCUGUACUCUGGAUUCAUAGAUGGAAGCCCAUGAGGCCCCGGACUGGGAAAUAGGAAUGAAAAGUUGGUUGAAACGAUG